UUUUAAGGAAUAAAGACAGAGAAAUCUACUGCGAAACGGAAAGAAGUAAAAAUUUGUGCAUAAAUACAGUCAUAGAAAAUUUACGGAAGUUCCUAGGCCGAUUAAAAUAAAUCGGGCCAUAGCAAUAGACUUCAGAAAUUUUACAUCGAAGACAUUUAUCGUUAGUAGAUUUGGAAACAGAAGUACAUUUUGAGCAAAAGAAAAACUGAAAUUAAGUGAUCUGAACAAAGCAAAAGCGUGACAACGACGAAAUAGCAGCCGUAAAAAACGACGACAUCGCUACAACAACAGCAACAUCUUCGCUGCUCGCCUCCACGACAACGAGACAUUGCUAGGGUAGGGUAUAGGUCGGGAAAAAAAGUAUCGACGUGGUUUCUGUUUUGCGCAAGAGAAAUAACCAAAAGCACAAGUCAAACGUGUAGUGACCACUAAACAACAAGCAAAUUUGUAUUCAUCGACAGGUUAAAUUAUUUUCGUUUUACCAUGAGUGUGGAUGCCUACGGCCCUGGUUCGCAGACUUUGACGUUCCUGGACACGGAGGAAAAUGACUUGAUUGGCGCCGAUACGCAGGCAUCGGAUUUUGAUUUUCGUGAUUUUACGCUGCCUUCGCAAUCCCAAACGCAGGCAUCUCAACUUGAGGGUAUUAGUGGCAGCGGAACAACACAUAGUAAAUUAAAUGCCCUGGCAAAUAAUUUGGCUGAGUUGCAAUUUGAGGAAGAGGAUGAUGAUACAUCAAUAUUAGCCGUAAAAGAAUUACCUACGCAUGCUUGCAAGUAUUGUGGCAUUCACGACCCUGGUACUGUCGUCAUGUGCAAUAACUGCAAAAAAUGGUUUUGUAAUGGACGUGGUAGUACAUCCGGGUCGCAUAUUGUUAAUCACCUUGUGCGUGCUAAACAUCGUGAGGUUACGCUUCAUUCUGAGGGCCCUCUUGGAGAAACUAUUCUGGAGUGUUAUUCUUGUGGUGUUCGUAAUGUCUUUGUAUUAGGAUUUAUUCCGGCAAAAGCUGAUUCUGUAGUGGUGUUGUUGUGUCGCCAACCAUGCGCGGCUCAAAAUUCUUUGAAAGAUAUGAAUUGGGAUCAGGAACAAUGGAAACCGCUAAUAACUGAUCGUUCAUUCUUGCCAUGGUUGGUGAAGAUACCCACCGAACAAGAACAAUUGCGUGCGCGCCAAAUAUCGGCAGCUCAGAUAAACAAACUGGAGGAGUUGUGGAAAGAGAAUAUUGAUGCGACAUUUCAAGACUUGGAAAAACCUGGUAUCGACACGGAGCCUUCACAAGUACUUUUACGAUAUGAAGAUGGUUAUCAAUAUGAAAAAGUGUUUGGUCCUUUGGUGCGGCUAGAAGCGGAAUACGAUAAAAAAUUGAAAGAAUCGCAAACUCAGGAAGGUAUAGAAGUGCGUUGGGACGUCGGCCUCAACAAAAAAACCAUAGCAUAUUUUACGCUGGCUAAAACCGAUUCGGACAUGAAACUUAUGCAUGGUGAUGAAUUAAGACUGCGCUACGUGGGAGAGCUUCAUAAACCAUGGAGUGAAGUUGGUCACGUUAUUAAAGUGCCUGAUAAUUACGGCGAAGAUGUGGGGUUGGAACUAAAAUGCUCAGCGGGAGCGCCAGUCAAAUGUACUUCUAACUUUGCCGUGGAUUUUAUUUGGAAGUGCACUUCUUUUGAUCGGAUGACCCGGGCACUAAAAGUUUUCGCUAUGGACCGCAGCUCCGUCUCUAACUACAUAUACGCAAGACUUCUGGGGCAUGGUCGACACGAUGGCAGCGAUGAACUAUUGUUUCGAGGUCCAAUACCAAAACUUUUUAGUGCGCCGAAUUUGCCUGACUUAAAUCGAUCGCAGGUUUAUGCUGUAAAACAUGCUUUGCAACGACCGUUGAGCUUGAUUCAAGGUCCACCAGGCACCGGAAAAACUGUAACCUCUGCAACAAUAGUUUAUCAAUUGGUGAAGCAACAUGGCGGCACCGUGCUUGUAUGCGCGCCCAGCAAUACUGCCGUAGACCAGCUAACAGAAAAAAUCCAUCGCACGAACUUGAAAGUGGUGCGUCUUUGUGCCAAGUCUCGUGAAGCUAUCGAUAGUCCUGUGAGCUUCUUAGCCUUACAUAAUCAGAUCCGUAAUAUGGACACAAAUAUUGAGUUGAAAAAGUUGCAACAGCUCAAAGACGAGACUGGUGAAUUAAGUUCGGCAGAUGAGAAGCGAUACCGCACAUUGAAACGCGCCGCUGAGCAUCAACUGCUCGAGGCUGCUGAUGUUAUUUGCUGCACAUGUGUUAGCGCCGGUGACGUUCGUCUUGCACGCAUAAAAUUUACUUCAAUCCUGAUAGAUGAAUCUAUGCAGUCUACCGAACCAGAGUGCAUGGUCCCGGUGGUGUUGGGCGCUAAGCAGUUGAUUCUUGUGGGUGACCACUGCCAAUUGGGACCGGUAGUCAUGUGCAAAAAGGCAGCCAGGGCUGGUCUUUCGCAAAGUUUGUUUGAACGUCUGGUAGUAUUAGGUAUUCGCCCUUUUCGCCUCGAAGUUCAGUAUCGAAUGCAUCCAGAAUUGUCACAAUUUCCUUCGAACUUCUUUUAUGAGGGAUCAUUGCAGAACGGUGUUUGCGCUGAAGAUCGUAAAUUAAAAAUUGACUUCCCGUGGCCACAACCAGAUAGGCCAAUGUUCUUCCUUGUGACUCAAGGGCAAGAAGAAAUCGCGGGCUCAGGAACUUCUUAUUUGAAUCGAACUGAAGCGGCUAAUGUAGAAAAAAUAACAACACGAUUCCUAAAAGCCGGUGUUAAACCAGAACAGAUUGGCAUAAUUACGCCGUACGAAGGCCAGCGCGCGUACUUAGUACAAUACAUGCAGUACCAAGGCAGUUUGCACUCAAGAUUGUAUCAGGAAAUCGAGAUUGCCAGCGUCGAUGCUUUCCAAGGAAGAGAAAAAGACAUUAUUAUUAUGUCCUGCGUACGUUCAAACGAGCGCCAAGGUAUCGGCUUCCUUAAUGACCCUCGUCGGUUGAACGUUGCAUUGACGCGCUCAAAAUAUGGUACAAUCAUUGUGGGCAAUCCCAAGGUGUUGUCCAAGCAGCCCCUUUGGAAUCAUUUGCUUAAUUUCUACAAGGAUCGCAAAGUUUUGGUGGAAGGUUCAUUAAAUAAUUUGAAAGAAUCGUUAAUACAAUUCCAAAAGCCCAAAAAAAUUGUCAAUACCUUGAAUAUGGGUGCCCACUUUAUGACCACAAUGAUGGCCGAUGCUAAAGAAGCCAUGAUUCCUGGUUCCAUUUACGACCGUUCUGGUCAAUAUGGAUAUUCAUCGGGCGCUAUGAAUACGUCGAACUAUAACAAUAGUGGUCUGGGCCUAGGCUUGGGAUUUGGGGGCAGCAACAAUUUAGGUUACGGCGGUGGAUCAGCAGCAGCUCAAAUGCAAGCGGCGGCAGCAGCUGCAGCACAUAAUUUGAACAAUUUCAUGAGUGGAAACUUCGGCGCGAUUGGGGCCCGCAACAGCGGCCCUACUUCAACUGCAGCGCCUGCUAAUGCACACCAAUGGAAUCAUCAUCAUGACUCGAUCAGUUACAUUUCACCUGAGCGCGCUCAAGCAGCAAUGAACAACAUGCCAGUGCCUGUGGGCAUGUUUAUGAACAUGAGCAAUAUUCCGCCACGUUUCUACAAUCAACAUCAGCAGGCGAUUCAGGCAGCGGCAAAACAGGGUCGACGUACCGGCACUGGUCUGGGUGCUACCGGACUGGUUAGUAACAACAGCAGCAGUGGAAUAAGCAAACUAUUUAAUAGCUACAAUGCAUCCACCAAUGAGGUGGCAAAUAAAAUUCAAAAUUUAAAACCACGCACCAGCAUACCAGCUCCUCCAAGCACAACAUCAGUAACAACAAGUGCCAACGACAUUGCUAGCGUGCUUAUUGGAACAGGUGCAACCUCGUCUCAGCAUAAUGUCUUGCCGCUCACCCAGCAAAAUAUGUCGCAACAAAUGAGCCAGCCUGGAGGCUUCACGUUGUCACAACAGCCCGAGCUAUCACAGGACUUUGGCCAAAUCUCUCAAAUAGAUAAUAUUCUUUCACAGGACGUAAAUUUUAACGCGGACAAUCUUAACACGAAUCGGCUAAACUUGGGUCUGAAUAGCCAGAGUCAAUUCUCGCAGCCCUAUUGAUAUAACGGUUGAUUCCAACUACAAAAGCAAAAGCAGCAGCAGUCAGUUAAACCAACAAUUCAUAUCAAACAACUACAAACUUUUUGAUGUAACGAAAGAGAACAAAGAAGACAAGAAGCGUGCACACAAAAAACUGCAGAAACAGCAGCCACAGAUCUCUGAUCGUAUGGAUAGAAUCGAACUGGAUCGGAAUGAGGGUUAAAAAAAAAGAAAAUUCCGCUUAAAAUUACCCAGAUUUUAUAGAAAUUUGGGUGAUGCUGAUAAAGGAGGCAAUUCCGAUGUGCUAAUCAGCGAUCAUAUAAAAAUGCGACUACGCAGCGAUGAAGUAGUCUGUGCGUUAUCUGCGCAAACGUGUGCUUAAAUGGGUUAAUUAGGAGAAAGUGGAAGCGACGACAAGGAUAAAAGGAAAUACAAAGAAUUAACAAAAUCCAAAAUAAGGUGUAUCGAGAGCGAAAAGAACGCCGCUUAAAAAAAGUUAGGGUAAAUAGGAUUGAUAUAUGAUUCGGACAAAAAAUAUGUUAACAAAAUGGAGGCGAAUGGAAACCACAAUCAGUUCAUCGUACUUUUUUCAUAUGAGCAUUUUGUUGGAACCUGUGGGGUAAAUGAAGAAGUCGGUUAAUACUCGAUGACGUUCCCAUCGAGCACUGAAAACAUUUUCAAAUUCAAAAGCGCUUUUAGGCAUGGUUCACAUACUUUAUCGCCUUGAGGGCAAUUAACAGCCAAUUGGCGCAAGUGAUCGAUACUUUGUAUGAGCCACUUUUUGUGCAGUAACAGCAAAACACUUGCAAGUUGAUGCCAUUUUCACGGAAAAAUGUUCGUCAUUCCAAUCAAGUUGAAAUUCAUCACUGGUGUUUAUGUGCAUUGUGCUGAAGCAUAGCGGACUGUAUUUUCCAGUUCCAUUGCUCUUGGAUUUUCCCACAUACAAUUAAUAUUUUUAUCUUAAAAUUUUGUGAUUAAGUUCAUUUUUCUGACAAGUGAUUUCUAAAUUUGCGACUAAAUUAAAAAAAAAAACUAAAAAUUUCUAACAUUUUUAUAUUCAUUCAAACAUGCAAUAAUGUGUGUCUUUCAAUAUAUUUCAAUAAAAUGCUUCCGCAUCAUCUAUAGAGGCAGAAUCGAGAUCGGGUUGAUGAUGAAGGGAGGAGGCUGCAAUCGAUGGGUGAUGAAGAAGCUUGCUUUCGACGUAUUUCCUUUCGAAGAAACGCUUUGCUUUGCAAUCCUUUGCAUGUGGAAUCGUCUUGAUUUCUCGGGAAAAAUAAAUCUCUGUUUUUAUUAUUUGCGUUAAAAAAGAAAUUUUUUAAAUAAUAUAAAAAUAAAAACAAAAAUAAAACGGUUUGUUU